AUGGCAAAACCAUUGUAUGAGGCCUUGAAGGGACUGGACAUGGAACCUCUAGAUUGGACAGGGAAUUUACAAAGAGCAUUUGACAAGAUUAAGACCAUCCUGACUGGCGCCCCAGCCCUAGGGAUUCCAGAUCUUAACAAGCUCUUUACUGUAUUUACCUCAGAAAAACAGGGAAUAGCCCUGGGAGCUCUCACCCAAAAAGUAGGGUCAUUUCCAUGUCCAGUGACAUAUCUCUCAAACCAAUGGGACUCAGUGGCCUCAGGAUGGCCAGGCUGUCUGAGAGCUGUAGCAGCCACAGCCCUGCUAGUUGAAGAGGCCACAAAAACUCACCAUGGGUCAACCCCUGGAAGUAUUAACCCUACACCAGUAUGUCAGACCUUAAAUCCAGCCACCCUUAUGCCAGUAGAAAGCCCAGAAGAAUUGUCUCAUUCUUGUACGGAGACCAUCAAUCAGGCUCUGGACUCUGCACAGAGCUUCAUAACCUCUUCGUGGACUUUUUGUCUUCAAGCUGAUGAUGGAAAAAUAGUUAUAUUCCAGUCUAAGCCAGAAGUCCAGUAUGCACCACAGUUGGAGCAGGAGCCUAAAAUUUUGAAAGAACCAUCGUUAAGCAAAAUGUCCUCAGAUCUUCAACUGAGAAGUUCACAAGCACAUAGGAACUAUCUUGAAGACGGAGAAAGUGAUGACUUUUUAAGAUGCCUCUCUCAUUCCGGGUGGAUUUUAACCAUGACUCUUGUCCUCUCCGUGAUGGUAUUGCUCUGGAUUUGUUGUGCAACUGUGGCUACAGCUGCGGAGCAGUAUGUCCCCUCUGAGGAGCUGAGUGUCUAUGGUGACCUGGAAUUUGUGAGUGAACCAAAGCUAAACAGAUAUCCAACUUCUUCUCUCGUGGUUGUUAGAUCUAAAGGUGAAGAUCACGAAGAAGCAGGGCCUCUACCUGCAAAAAUGAAUCUUGCUCAUUCAGAAAUUUAA